AUGCAACUACCGGCCAGCGAGGACUUUGAGUCUUUGCCUCCAGCAGUGAGAAGAAAGUUCUUCUCGAAUGUUGAGCGUAUGCGCAUUAGGCUAGCCCAGAGCGAUCCCAGUUCCCUCUCAAACUAUGGCUCCUAUCGGACUCGUCCUGGGCCUGGCCCUCUCCACCCGAGGAACCCCUCGACAUCCCUGAGGAGGCAUCGUCUGGAGAAAAAUAGACCUCAAAAUCUUCGGAAGCCCGGCUCAUUACAAUUGGCCUACUUGGUCGCCGAGGCAGACUCGCAAUGCUUCCAUUCUCUCCCCGCUAAAGUCCAACAGAAGCUCUUUUCCCCGGAGGAACGGAUCCGUUUGCGCAGCGCCUAUCGGGAGAGCGUCAUCCUCGACGCUGCCGACGAGGCGUUCUAUCGUCGACCUAUGACUCGGAGUCGCCGACCCUCCAACGACAGCCAUCCCUCAGAAGCCACUUUAUCUGUCGCUCAGCCAUCGACCGUCUUCUACGACUCUGACUCGGACUCGGAUUCCGAGGACGAUCCUGAUCCCAGAAUGGAUCAGUCUCUUUACGACAGCUUCCGCUGGCUCGAUGAGGAUGGUGAUUUAGACCUGUCACUGGACGAAUACCAUGCCCAUGUGGCCGAAUCAGCUGCAGCGAGGCUGAAGUCUCGCCGUCGCCCCUCCUUCCGGCGCUCCCUCUCUAUUUCUACACAUGCUGCUCUGAGGCAUCGACCAACAGCCUCAAUGCCCGCUCGUCCACUGCCUCCCAGUCCUUCUGUACCGCCCCUGAGUCCGAUCGCCAGCACUGGCCGCUCCCUUUCGCGCCCGGGCUCUCGUCGUCAACCAUCACAUGGCCCGAGUUCGUCAACUUCGAGCAUUGACCCGGGUGCGCAGUAUUACCAGGACCCUGAUGCUCGUCUCAAGCUGCGGGUCUACCUGGCAUCUCCACAGAAGUUUGAUGAAGCCAUUGAGUUCGGCUUCCCCUCUUUGGACCAGGAUAAAGAGAAUGUCACUCCGGAGCUACCUGCUACCCCCAAGCCAGCGAGCGAGUCUCCAGAGUUUGGUGGAACCUUUUUUGAAGAUGAUGACGGGACUAUAAUUGGGAGCCCGGGAGGAUCGUUCGAUGAUUCACCCGCACCACGUCUGCCACAGCCACAGAUGCGAGAAAGCCCUCAACCAUCGGUGGAUCAUCAGUCGUUACUGCAACGGCGCCAAUCGUCAUUACCCGGGUCAAAAGCUAUUCCGCAACGACUACCGGGGAAUCGCGAGAUGACUCUCAAGAUGACCUUGACCCGACCGGACCUUCGCACCGAGUCUCCCGCUUCAUCCCAGAAGUCACCACAGGAAGACCCACUGCAAUUAGCAGCACUCCCGCCAGCAGACCGCAGACAGCACAUCUGGGAUUCAGAUCUAGACGAAUCAGGCAUGAUGAAGAAGAUGUGGCGCAAGCUCCUACGGCGAGCUUAA